CCGCCUCGCCGGAGCUCCGGGGAUGGCACCACGCGCCGCCGCCCCCGCGAUCGCGUGAUGGAAGCCGCCCGCCGCCGAUGGACGACGCCGGAAGGGCCUCCUCCGCUCCCGCGGUGGUGACGGUGACGGCCUCCGCCGCCGCCCCCGCGCCUCCUCCCCCUCCUCCUCCGCCUCCGCCUCCUCCCUCGCAGCUCACCGCCACCGCCGCCACGGAGUCUCCCUCCCCCGACCCCGCCGCUUUCUAUGGAGAGGGUAUGUGGCAGCAGAUGACCAUGAGCGGCAGUGGUGCUAUGCAGCCUGGACCAUAUCCUGAGAGGCCGGAGGAACCGGACUGCACUUACUACCUCAGGACUGGGUUGUGCAGGUUCGGCAUGAGCUGCAGGUUCAACCAUCCUCCGGAUAGGAAUCUGGCUAUUGCCUCUGCCAGAAUGAAAGGAGAAUAUCCUGAGAGGAUGGGGCAACCAGAAUGUCAGUAUUAUCUGAAGACUGGAACAUGCAAGUUUGGGCCUACAUGCAAAUUCCAUCAUCCCAGAGAAAAAGCUGGAAUCGCAGGGAGGGUGCAGUUAAACACAUUAGGAUAUCCACUCCGACCGAGUGAAAAGGAGUGUGCAUAUUACUUAAAAACAGGACAAUGUAAAUAUGGGAAUACAUGUAAAUUUCACCAUCCAGAACUUUUCAAUGCUAUGGCUUCUUCACGUGGUUCUCCUAUUUAUCCUUCUGUACAUUCCUCUGCAACCACGGGUCCACCUUCUUAUGCUGGAACAUUGGCUAGCUGGGCUUUUCCAAGAGGUUCUUAUAUUCCAAGCCCGAGAUGGCAGAAUCCCUCAAAUUAUGCACCAGUGAUUGUACCGCAAGGUCUUGUUCAAGUGCCAAGCUGGAAUUCAUAUCCUGGCCAAAUGCUGCCUGUUUCAUCUUCUGAGAGUCGACUGCAGUCCCCAGGGGCUCAACAAACCUAUGGAACUUCUCAGCAAGCUGACGCCAGUGCAGGCAAUCAGGGAAUGCUAUCACCCUACAGAUCUAGUUCAUAUCCUGGACCUCAAUAUGCAUUGCAGAGAGAGAAUGUAUUUCCUGAGAGGCCUGAUCAACCAGAAUGUCAGUACUACAUGAAGACUGGAGAUUGCAAAUUUGGUGCAGUGUGCAAGUUCCAUCAUCCCAGGGUGCGGUCAAUGCCGACUCCAGAUUGUGUAUUAAGUCCAGUGGGUCUUCCACUACGUCCGGGAGAAGAAUUGUGCAAGUUCUAUUCUCGUUACGGCAUCUGCAAAUUCGGCGCAAACUGCAAAUUUGACCAUCCAUCAAUGGCUCCUCCGAUGGGAGUGUAUGCCUACGGCUCUGCCUCGGCUAAUGUACCUAUGGUUCGUCGUCUCAUGCAAUCUCCAUCCGCAUCUGCGUACACAUCCUAAGGUCGGCGUCAUGGCUGUUGUUGACUCACCGUGAUGUUGUAUAAAAAAAAAAGAAUCCAUCGCCACGCCGUCUCAGAGCGCUGUGUGAAUGAUGUUGCCCCCCUUCCUAACUCCCCGGAAAUCAAGUUCUGUAAAUUGAGUUGCUACCGGAGAUGUACAGUUUAUUUUUUUUGUUAAUGCAGAUCUUUGGGAAGCGAAAUGACGUUU